AUUCAGAGAAAAUUUUGGAAGAGAAGAAGCAAGUUGUUAUUCGAUCUUUAGUGCAUUUUGAAGUUUAUAGAAAGUAUAAAAUUAAAUGCGAAUCGAGCGCGGAGCGUGUAAAAUGCAUUUGUAUGAAUCCAGGCGGCUACUCUACGGCUGAAGUGAAAAUUCCAAGCCAAAGAGUCAAAGAGAGAGAGUGAGAGAGUGAACAAGAGACCCCCAACAUAAUAAGGAAAGUGUGGAAAAUACGACGACAACAACAACAAUAAACCGCUUGGCCAGUGAAAAAAGAAAAGUGAACUGCAAGUGCAGCGGAGACUGGGCGUCGGACAGCCAGUGACAUCCGACAGCCGCCGACGUUGCGCCCGCUGUUGCAACUCAAACCGCAACAACAAUUUCAUCGUAAGAAUUUAGUCAAAGUCGUUGGCUCGGUGAACGGUAAAGUGCAGUGUCAUCGUCAUCUUCACAUCUCCAAGAUGGAUGCCGAAACACAGGAAAUACGACAGGCUCGUCAACGUGCUUCCGUCAAAUGGCUGCUCUCGAAAGCGUUCAACAAUCGCGUGCCGGACAACCUGAAGGAGCCGUUCUAUCGCGAUCACGAGAACCAGGAACGCCUCAAGCCUCAAAUCGUUGUGGAGUUGGGCAAUGCGACGCUUUAUUGCCAGACACUGUCCAAUCUGUACUCCGACCCCAACUACCAAAGCUUAAAUCACUGGUCAAUAUUACAGACGCUAGCGCGCAAGGGUGUACCCGUGGCCGAAUCGUCGGACAUGCCCAUUACCGAAACGGUAUUAAUUCAAACGAAUCCGUUGCGAAUUAACGCCCACAUGUCUGUGAUAGAAUCGCUGAUGGUUCUCUAUGCGAAGGAAAUAUCGUCGGGUGACCGUGUCGUGGCGGCCAUACGGAGAAUAUCUGGUAGCAACUAUCAGGCGCCUGCAGGCCAGUCCUAUGAACAGGGCCUGCUCGCUUGGAUAUCGCAUGCAUGCGCCGCGCUUAAAAAGCGCAUCGUCAAGGAGCUGGAAACCAGCGUGCCAGACGAGAUUGGUACGCGUCUGCAGACGCCGGACAUACCGCCAGUACGUGAUUUUCAAGAUCUGUGCGAUGGCAUUUGCCUGGCCCUGCUCAUCUCCUACUACUGCCCCAAGGUGGUGCCGUGGACGAGUGUGCGCAUUAACUAUCUGCCUGCUGUGGAGGACUCCAUACACAAUAUACUGCUGGUGAGCAGUUUUUCACAAAAGCAUUUGCCAUACGGCGUCUUCCACAUGACGCCCGAGGACAUAACAUACAUGCGAGGCUCAAUGAAACUAAAUCUGGUGUUGCUGCUGACGGAUUUGUUCAAUUUGUUCGAGAUACACCCGGCCAAAUGUGUCUGUUACCCGGGCAUGGAUGGACAGGAUGUCAUCACAAGGCGCAGCCAGGGCGCCAAUGUGCACGGAAUCUGCCAUCGACGGGGCCUCACAAUGCAGCCCGUUACGCCCAUACCCGAUUUGCGCAGCGAUCUUGACCAGCCGCCCAUUGGGUCACCCUCGAAUCGGCCGCCGUUUCAAGUUCCGCACACAAAUUCAUUCAGCGGCGGCGCCUUAAAUCGCAGGUCAACUCCGCCCACCGAAUAUCAAACGAUGCAGUCAAAUAAUUUUGAUGGCAACCAGGCCGAAGCGUUCGUCGUGCACAAGUCGCGUGGCAUUACCACACUCUCAUCCAUGCACUCGCAGCAGCAGCAGCAACAGCAACAGCAGCAGCAGUAUCAGCACCAGCAACAGUCACAGCAGGAGCCCUUGGUUCCAGCUCGCUUGCGUCAGGCAAAAGAAAAGAACAAUGUCGAGUCGAAAGCAGACGAGAGAGGCGAUUUUGUCGCUGCGGGCCGACCAAGUAACUGGGAACAGAGCCGGCGUCCAAGUUUCGCAGGUCGUCGCUCGCGACGAAACUCCUCCAGCGAAGACUCGCAGUUGACUAUUGAGAACUUUGGCGGCUCACAGGAUCAGCUCAAUACGCUGGGCCGCUACGAGCGCGAACGGGACAGAGAACGUAAGCUGUCCAAUACAAGUGUGGAACCGGCCGUGGCAGUGCGUUCUUCAAUUGCUGAUGCUCGUGGCACGCUACAGCUGGGCUACGACACGGAUUCGGGAUCUGAGAAACAGGAUCGCGAAACCGAAAAGUAUUCUAUGCGUCGACAGGCUAGCAGUGCGGACAAUGUGCCAACGGCCUCUGCGCAUAAUCUGUCAAAUGCGGGCAGUCCGUUGCCGGCGCGGAACAAGCAACAUUCCAUCGAUAGGGACUACUCGACAGUCGACCACUAUAAUGACGCCAGAUCGACUGGGUAUGAUCCAGAAAGCACGCCCGUGCGUAAAUCCUCAACCAGCAGCAUGCCAGCGAGUCCGGCGGCUUGGCAGCUGGACACCUGUGACGAUGAUUUACGCUCGCUGGAGAAUGCCACCAAGUUAUCUACGAUGCGGAUGAAACUGGAGGAGAGACGUCGCCGCAUUGAGCAGGAUAAGCGCAAAAUCGAAAUGGCAGUGCUGCGGCAUCAGGAGAAGGUUUGCCAGGAGGACUUGGAAUCGUGUCCCGACGUCUUAAAGUGGGAGACCAUGAGCAACGAGUCGAAGCGUACGCCGGAAAUAGAUCCAGCUGACAUGGACAAAUACCAACAAAGCAUCGCCAUUAUGAACAUGAAUCUGCAGGAUAUCCAACAGGAUAUCCAUCGGCUGGCCACGCAGCAAAGCCAAAUGCAGGCACAGCAUCUGCAAGCGCAGCAGCUGAUGCAGGCACAACAAAUAGCCAACAUGCUGAAUCAGCAGCAAACGUAUGGCUCGCAGCAGCAUCUGGCUGAGCACCAUUACCAGCAGCGACCUAUGCAGCAAAGUUUUGGCUCAUCACCGCAUCUUCCGCAGGCUUUUAAUGCGCCAGUCAGCGCCUACAAUUCCCGUCCGCCAAGCCGCGAUCCCUACCAACAGCAGCAGCAGCAGCACCAUUCACACCAACAGCAACCCAUGCAGAUGCCACCCAUGCAGUACGUCAACGAGCACGGACAGUACAUGUCGCCGCCCGCUCACUACAUGCAGCCUCAAAGCAUCUACAGCGACAAUGGCGCCCCUUACAACAACCACUCCCCCUACGGAGCACCUCCGAUGCCGCAGUACCAGCAACAGCACCAGCAACGCAACAGCGUUUACGAUGAGUACGGCCAGCCGGCAAAUCACUUUUACCUGCACGAGUCUCCGCCUCAACCGCAUCCACAGCGUCGCACCUGGGCGCACUCGGCGGCAGCGGCAGCGUACGAACAGCAGCAACAGGCACAGCAACAGCAGCAGCAGCAACCACUGUUGGAUGUCAAUGCCUGGCAAAUACAGAAGAAGAUGCAGCAACAGCAGCAGCAGCAAAACUGGCCUAAUCGGCCGCCCUCCAGCGCUGGCACGUCUCAGGGCUUUGUGCUGCACCAAAACGGAGGCGGCGGCGGCGGUGAAUUGCAGCAUCUAUUCCAGGUGCAGUCUUCCCCACAACACGGUCAGCGGAUACAUGGCGGGGGUGGCAGUGGCAGCGCCAACGGCGUACAGCGGCAGCAAUCGCUGACGAAUCUACGUGACAAUCGGUCACCCAAGGGCAACAUGGGCCAGCCCAUGGGAAUGGGACAGCACGAGGACAUGAUGGCGCCGCAAAGUAUUUGCUUCAUCGGCGACGAGGAAGAUGUUGAUGAGCUAGAGCGCAACAUUAUCGAGUCUAUGCAAUCGACUCGGAUUUCCGAUUUUGUGGUGCAGCAGCAGCAACGCCUUCAUCAUCAUCAGCAGCAACAGCAACAGCAGCAGCAGCAGCAGCUGCCGACGGCGCACAGCGGACGCGGCAGCAGCUCUGAGGAUUACGACAGCGGCGAGCUGAUUUCCAAUAAACUUAACAUCACCAGCGGCAAUCUCACUUACCGCAUUCCCUCGCCCUCGCGCCCCGCCAUACAGGCCAACAGCUUUCAGGAUCCACGUGGAGGGGGCGGCAACGGAAACGGAAACGGUAGUGGUAGCGGCGAGGAGCAGCGGCCCGAAAAGGGCUUCUAUAUAUCCUUCGACAACGAUCAGCCGAAGCGACCGAAGCCGCCACUGCGCGCCAAGAAGUCACCCAAAAAGGAGCCCAGCAGGGAUAAUGUGGACAACCAAGUUGUCCUUAAACGUGAAUCGCUAAGUCAACUGCACAACAGCAACAAUUUUGCCAGCGAGGAGGCCAAAAACGCAACUGCUGCCAGGCACAGCAUCCACAACUUCCCCGGCGUCCAAGCCAAUGCCAAUGCCAAUCCAGCCGGCAACGCAACCUACAACAAAUACACAGACGAGCCGCCUAUCCAGCUGCGCCAAAUAACAGCAUCGGCGGCCGAACCCAAUGUCCACGAGCGCCGGCAUCUCGAGGACCUCACCAAUCAGCCGCAGCAGCAGCAGCAGCAACAGCCGCUCUCGCCAUCUCGAUUAAGGGCCGAACAUAGCAGCAGCAGCGCCGAGGCGGCCAAGAAAAAAGCGCUGGUCAUUGGCGUCGAUGCGACCAAUCUAGAUCCGGAAUCUGUGGACGAAAUGGAACGUCGCAAAGAGAAGAUAAUGUUGCUUUCCCUGCAACGCCGACAGCAGCAAGAGGAGGCCAAGGCGCGAAAGGAGAUAGAGGCAUCCCAAAAACGAGAAAAGGAACGAGAAAAGGAGGAAGAGCGCGCGCGCAAAAAGGAGGAACAGGUGGCGCGACGUGCGGCCAUAUUGGAACAACAUAGACUAAAAAAAGCCAUCGAGGAAGCCGAGCGAGAAGGUAAAACUCUGGACCGGCCCGAUUUACAUGUAAAACUGCAGCCACAGUCUUCAAACGCGUCCACGCCGCGUCUUAGACAGCAACGUGUGACUAGGCCACGGCCCAAAACGAUCCACGUCGACGACGCCAGUGUGGACAUUAGUGAGGCUUCAAGCCUAUCCAGUCGGGGCAAAAAAGGCUCAAGUUCAAACCUAACCGGCUACGGUCAACUAAGCUCCAAUUCAAUGAAAAGAGACUUUUAUAGGGGCUCGCAAGACUCCCUUACAGUUAAAGAGUCCCCCGAUGAUUAUCCCAGCACAAGUUCAACUCCGAUUGGACGACGGGGAUCAUACAAAACUUCCAGAGAGCCAGCCGUCGAAAGGGGCCGCACCCUGUCGCGUAUAUCAGUUGCUAAGGGGAGCACGCUUAAUUUCCGUGGCCGAAAAUCCAAUUCGCUAAUGAAUUUGUGCGACACAGAUUCGGGACUGGGACGUGCCACUCCGCCGCGGCGAGCACCGUCACCAGGAAUGGCGGCAUCAGGUAGGCAUAUGCCAUCUCCCUCUGGACCAGGCUCUUUGCCGCCAGGUUUGAUAUCGAAGCGUCGCGGAUUUGAUGAUGGAUCAAGCGAUACGUCUUUAAUCAUGGAAUACUCGGGUCCAAAAUUGUACAAACAACCAGCGGCCAAAUCAAAUCGCGGCAUUAUACUAAAUGCCGUUGAGUACUGCGUUUUUCCCGGCGCCGUUAACCGUGAAGCCAAACAGAAAGUGCUCGAGAAGAUCGCACGCUCGGAGGCCAAACACUUCCUCGUACUCUUCCGGGAUGCGGGCUGCCAAUUCCGCGCCCUCUACAGUUACAUGCCGGAGACGGAUCAAGUGACGAAGCUGUACGGCACGGGACCUAGUCAAGUCGACGAAGUCAUGUUCGAUAAAUUCUUCAAAUACAACUCAGGUGGGAAAUGCUUCUCACAGGUGCACACAAAGCAUCUGACCGUCACGAUAGACGCCUUCACAAUACACAACUCACUGUGGCAGGGCAAGCGGGUGCAGUUGCCCAGCAAAAAGGACAUGGCGCUUGUGAUUUAAGCCGAGUGUGUGGAGCAACUUGGCCCAUGGCUAACUAUUCGGCAACCUCCUCAACUUAAAUCAACUGCGAAAGCAAACAGAAUUCAAAGUUUUUACUACGGCACCGAGCGAUUGCAGUGCUUGGGUUUUGGGCUCGGGACUCUGGGGCAGGGUACGGCAUAUUAUGGCUUAAUAACUAAUUGCACAUGUUUGAGCGACAGCAACAAAUUGGAAUUUACUAAAAUAUUGUAUUUAUUAAUACAAUGCGAUAAAAAUAUUUCAUUUUAAUGUAUACAGCAUAAAAGCAAGAAAAAAAUUCAAUAGGAAAACUCCCGAUACAAAAGCCAAAAUAAAAUCCAGCGGAUAAUUUAAAGUUUUUUUUUAUCACAUACAGAGAACACACAAGCACACAACAAAUACACACACACACACACACACACAUGAGCAGAAAAUUUGAAGAUUAUGAACAACACAGAUAUUGUAGAAACUCUUUAUUUUAUUAAUUUGUUUUAAAUUGUUAUGAAGUUUUUUAUGCGAAACUUUUGUUGCCCUUUGGCAAAUGCGGGCUUUUAUCUUGCCCCUGUCAAGGGCUCUGAACAAUUUCGCCAGUCGACACUAAUUUUAACGCCACUAGCUAUUUAUUUUAAGACUUAUUAAUAUUUACUUUCUUAUGCAAAUUUAAAAAGGAAUAAUACAACUAAUAUUUAAAGGAUACCUACAAUACAUACAUAUAGCUAUGCAACAAAAUGAAAAAAACAAAAAAAGACUUAACCUGGCUGACACCUUAAGCUGUCUUUGUUGUACAAACUCAAUGGAAAUGCUAAUCGUGUUUAAUUUACAUAAAUAAAUGCACACAGUUAUGUAUUUCAUUACAAAAGUCAAAUGCUCCAAUGGCAAUGCAGUCGGUCUCUAAAAUUCGUGAAUUGUAUUAAACAAAUCGAUUAUCUUCAAAGUCUCUAUUUAAGUCGUUUCUUAAAUGUAUUUUAAAUAUCUUUUGGAUUGGCUUUUCACGCCCUUGUCCGCAGCGGUCGGGCCCUGUAAGAGAGGAUAUUUCAAAUUGUUAGUGUAUAACUGCCAUCAACAUAACUAUAGAAAUUAUUGUCUAGCCUCUGUUUAAAAAAAAACCCUACACUAUUUAGACCGCUCAACCGUGCACCUUAGUCCCUAAAGACACUCAUCCUGUUUUUUUAUUGACAUUUGCAAACAUUAAUAAAAAGCAAAGUUUUUUACACUCGUUUCUUAAUUAUGAUUUGAUUUGGUUUUGUUGUAUUUCUUUUUAAUAUUAUCGAAAGGCUCUUUUUAUAAUUUUUUUUUUAUCGAUAAUUGAACUAAUUAACUAUUUAAGUGAAGAAACUAAUAAGGCAUAUGCUGUGUACCGCCAUAAUUAGAAGGAUUUUAUGCGGCCUCGGGCAUGUAGCAUGGACAGAAUACGAGGGUUGAUUGAUAAACAAGUUUAUAUAUCUAUGUACUAUAUAUGUAUUUAUCAGUGUCGGGCGCUGUUGCGCCCUUGGCGUGAAAGGCCCCAAUAUAAUGAAUUAUAUUAAUGCGAUCUAAACAUUAUUAUAUGAAAUGUAAUAAAGUUAUUAAAAAUGAUAAUUUAACAAAUUA